GGCCCACGUAUAAAUUAGCCACUCACUACAUUAACCGCCUCGUCUAAACAGCGAAAUAGCGAUUUCUGAGUUUCUAGAUUUCUCACUCACUACAACCACCAAAAUAUUUAUUCCUAAUUAGGGUUUGCAACUCUCUUUCAACAGGUAGUCAGUUAUUCCCCCGGAGCAUUUGGGGAAAGUGGGAAUGGCAUCUUCUGAUGAUGAAGCUGAAGCAGUCCCGAGUACAGUUUCUAACUAUGAAUUUGUGGAUGAUAAGGAUGAGCCUGUUUCAUUUGCGGAGCUAACAUUUCAGUGGAAUGAUACUGAGAGUUUGGAUGGGAAUAAAGGACAUGUUUUCUUGCGUGGGACUGCUGAUAAUGGCCUUCAGAAGAUUUAUAAGCAGGUCACAACAUGGAAGAUUGAUUCUUCACGUAUAGAGCCAGCAAUUUCAGUUUUAUCUAAGGAGAACGAUUGGAUCAAACUUGAAAAACCAAGGAAGGCAUUCCAAGAUACCAUUAGGUCAAUUUUGAUCACUGUGCAUUCCUUGCACUUUCUGAAAAAAAAUCCAGAAUCUUCUGGCAGAGCUUUGUGGGAUCACUUAUCUAAAGUCUUCAGUGUGUAUGAGCCCAGGCCUUCGGAGAACGAUCUAGUGGAUCACAUGAAUUUUAUCAAUGAAAUUGUUAAGCGUGACGGAAAAUUGUCUCAAUCCAAGGUUUUACUUAAAUUUUUGGAGGAGAAGCCUAAGAAGAAGAAAAUCUUUGAUGAGGUUGGAUCAAUAUCCGACUUUAUAGUCGAUGAGAUCAUAGAUGACAAUGAAGAAGAAGAUGAUGAUGAUUAUAAUCACUUUGAAUCUCUCUGCGCUAUAUGUGACGAUGGUGGUGAACUUCUUUGUUGCGAUGGGAAGUGCUUGAGGUCAUUUCAUGCUACUGUGGAAGAUGGUGCUCAAUCUCAGUGUGAAUCUCUUGGUUUUACAAAGGCGCAAGUUAAGGCAAUGAAAUAUCAAGAUUUCUAUUGUAAGAAUUGUGAAUAUCAGCAGCACCAGUGCUAUGCUUGUGGGAAGUUGGGUUCUUCUGAUCAAUCAUCUCAUGCGGAGGUCUUCCGUUGCGUUAAUGCGACUUGUGGCCAUUUUUACCACCCACAUUGUGUUGCCAGACUGCUUCAUCCUGAUGCUCAGUCGAAGGUUGAUGAACUUAAAAAGAAGAUUGCCGCUGGUGAAUCUUUUGCUUGUCCUCUGCAUCAGUGCUGCGUCUGUCAACAAAGAGAAGAUAAAGAUAAACCUGAGCUACAGUUUGCCAUGUGUAGACGGUGCCCAACAUCAUAUCAUCGGAAAUGCUUGCCUAAGGAAAUUGUUUUCGACAAGAGCAACGAUGAAGAAGAAAAUGAGGAGGAGGAAGGGGAGGGGGAGGAAGAGGAGGAGGAGGAGGAUGAUGUUAUGCCAAGGGCAUGGGAUGGUCUUAUAAAAAAUCGCAUUUUGAUCUAUUGUUUAAAACACGAGAUUGAUGAAGAACUUGCUACACCUUCAAGAGAUCACAUCAAAUUUCCGGGAGAUCGUAGGAGGGAGAAACAAACACAGGAACAAACGGGAAAACCAAAAGGAAUAUCUGCAGAAGUGACUAAUGGCAAGAGAGUGAUUGCUAAAAAAUCAGAAACUGUUGAAAAAUUGUCCAAGGCAGUGAAGGUUGAUUUUUCCAGAAAGAGAGAGAGACCGCCUCUACCUGAUUCUUUGAAAAGACAAAAAGUUAUCGAUGCUAAUAGAAAGAGUUUGAACAAGUCUUCGUCCGCAAAGCUCAACAAAGCUACCAAAAGUGAAGGUAAAACCUCUUUGGGCGAUAAGUUAUAUGCACUCAUUAGCAGAGAAUCACAAAUUGAUGAGUCUGGUGAAGAGGAGAAAACCAAGAUCGUGAAGUCUGACAAAAAGGAGAGAAGCAGUUCACAGACUUUAGAUGCUGCAUCAAAGAGCAGAAUAUUGUCUAUGAUGGAGGACGCUAAAUCCCUCAUAACUAUGGAUAAAAUAGUGAAGCACAAAGUACCUACAACGCAUGCAUACUCAUCAAAAUUUGACAAAUCUAUAACCUUGGGGAAAGUUGAGGGUUCUGUUGAGGCUAUUCGUGCGGCUUUACAGAUAUUAGAGGAAGGGGGCAAAGUCGAAGAUGCAAAAGCUGUCUGUGAGCCUGGGCUUCUUGCUCAGAUAAUGAAGUGGAGGAGCAAGCUGAGAGUGUAUCUUGCUCCCUUUCUACACGGCAUGCGCUACACGUCCUUUGGUCGCCACUUUACUAAAGUGGAGAAGCUGAGAGAGAUUGUCGAUAUGCUUCAUUGGUAUGUUCGAGAUGGUGAUAUGAUUUUGGAUUUCUGUUGCGGUUCCAACGAUUUCAGUUGCCUCAUGAAAAAGAAGCUGGAUGAAAUUGGGAGGGGUUGCUUAUAUAAAAAUUAUGAUCUAUUCCAAGCAAAGAAUGCUUUUAAUUUUGAGAAGAAGGACUGGAUGGCUGUACGCCCAGAGGACUUGCCAGUAGGAGGAUCGAAGUUGAUCAUGGGGCUGAAUCCUCCUUUUGGGGUCAAUGCUGUCCUUGCUAACAAAUUUAUUAACAAAGCACUUGAGUUUAAGCCAAAGCUUCUUAUCCUCAUUGUUCCGAAAGAGACACAACGGUUAGAUUUAAAGGGGUCUCCAUAUGAUCUAAUUUGGGAGGAUCACGAGUUGCUUAGUGGGAAGUCAUUUUAUUUGCCUGGAUCUGUUGAUUCAAAUGACAAACAAAUGGAGGAUUGGAAUGUGAGUACACCACCACUUUAUCUUUGGAGUCGCUCUGAUUGGACCGCCAACCAUAAAGCAAUUGCUCAACAGCAUGGCCACCCAUCCAAGAUAAAAUUAGAAAAAAGUUGCUCCGACGCACCUGUCCCUCGUUCACUGGAACAUGAUGAAGAUGUGUCAACAAAGAUCAAUAACGACAUUGGUUUUGAGGAUAAGAAGCGACAUCAGCCCCAAGAAUACAAGGAGAGAUCACAGAAUAAAAGGGGCAAAGAAGGUGGUGAUCACCGGGGCCACGGGAAGAACAAAUCUCAUGAAAAGUCAAUGAAAGGGAGUCAGGAUAAAAGCAAGAAUAGAUCUGAUGAAAAGUCAAUGAAAGGGAGUCAGGAUAAAAGCAAGAUGAGAUCUGAUGAAAAGUCAAUGAAAGGGAGUCGGGAUAGAAGCAAAUCUCAGAGAGAUUUGGAUGAAAAAUCAAGACAGGACAAGUCCACAGCGAAACGACAGAGAGAUUUGGAUGAAAAAUCAAGACAGGACAAGUCCACAGCGAAACGACAGAGAGAUUUGGAUGAAAAAGCAACAGAGGACAGGUCUGUAAGGAAAAGAUCUCUGUCUCAUCAUUCCUCCCCCAGCAUGACCAAUCGUGAGUCGGUUGAUCGGCACACAAUUUUGUCUUCUAAGGCUGAAGAGAAGGAUAGCUAUCAACAUUUUGCGGGCAAGAGCAUUUCUGCAUUACGGACGGAGCAAGAGACAGGGUAUGGGGUACAUCAGGACAGUCACAUGGAAAGAAGGCACAUCUUGCCAACGGAGGAACCUUAUUCAAGUUUAGCUCACCAAUAUCCUCAGUCUGCUAAUCCUGGUCCUGAGUAUAUGGGGAACAGGGCACAUCAGGAUGGUGACAUGGCAAGAAGGAACAGCUUGCCAAUGCAGGAGCCUUACUCAAGUUUAAAUCACCAAUAUCCUCGGUCUGCUAGUCCUGGUUCCGAGUAUGCAUUCAGGGCCUCUGAAGAACGAUUUAUGGGAUAUCAAAGAGAGCAUCCAGAUAUACCUGGUAGACCGUACACCAGUCACCGGAAUGGGGGGAUAUAUGCAAGGGAGUCAGAUGUACGGGCACAGGGCAACCUUUAUGGGCAGCAGGGUGAUGAGUUUUUGACUCAAAGAAGCAACUACGUAGCGGGUGCCAGCACUGGAUAUCCCCAUCCCCCCUAUGGGCGGUUGAGUCCAGCAGCUGAUCCAACCUACGGCAGGAUCAAUACGCCUGUGAUGCAACAGUAUCCUCCACAUGAGGAUUUAUAUCCCGGUAGGAUGAAUGGCAUGGAAUCUGACGGCAGAAGUGGCAUCUACGGUGGUGGAGUUGCUCGACCCGGUUUUCAAGGUAGCUCAUCGGGCUUUGCUCCCAGGCCUUACUACCCCUAUUCGCAGCAAAAUUCGUCAGGGUGGCUUAAUGAGUAGGCAAUGUGGGCUGGUUGGUUUGCGGAGUAUUGAAGAUGUCCUAUUUAUGUUGGGUUAUGGUUUUUUUCGUAGUUUCCGCUUAUUCCUUCCUAUCAAACUUCUUUUUUUGCUUUUUUCUUUUCUUUCAGUAGUGAAAAUGAAGUCAUUAUAUGUAUAAAGUAAAAGCUAGAAAUGCCCAGGCAGUUAUGCUCUCCUUGAAUCUUCUCUAGGUGUUUCUGUUAUGUAAUUUAUUCUGUUCCUUGCUGCUCCUCCACUUGACCACCUCUUUAAGUGGUGUUGUUUUGGUCUUACUUCAUGGAAGUAAAGAUUAGUUAGUGGGCU